AUGAUGAAUACAGUGUUGUGUAUCGUCUCCUUCAUGAGCAUCCUCACUGCUCAUAUACUCCCCGAGAAUGAGAUACAAUUCGAGCCCUUGUCGGAUGAAAUGAUUGCGUAUAUCAAUCAGCAUCCUGAUGCUGGUUGGACAGCUAGCCGAAGUGAUCGAUUCAAAUCGCUAGAAGACGCACGAAUUCUACUCGGUGCGAUGCGUGAGGAUGAAGAGUUGAGAAAGAAGAGACGACCAACAGUUGACCAUCAAAAUGUGAGCUUGGAAAUACCGACGAGCUUUGACUCACGAAAGAAGUGGCGUCAGUGUAAAGGAAUAUCGAAUAUUCGUGACCAAUCCCGAUGUGGUGCUGGCUGGGCAUUUGCUGCAGUUCAAGCAAUGAGUGAUCGUAUCUGCAUUGAGUCGAAAGGGAAGAAAUCUGUGGAAUUAAGUGCAGUCGAUCUACUCAGCUGUUGUAUAGAAUGUGGUUUGGGCUGCCAAAUGGGAUUUCCAGGAAUAGCAUGGGAUUACUGGGUUCAAGAAGGUAUUGUUACUGGUGGUUCGAAAGAGAAUCACACAGGCUGUCAACCAUAUCCAUUCCCUAAAUGUGAACAUCAUACUAAAGGAAGGUAUCCAGAAUGUGGUGAAAUAAUUUACAUGAAACCGAAAUGUCAUCAGAAGUGUCAGAAAGGGUACAAAACACCCUAUGAGAAAGAAAAGUACUAUGGGAAGGUCUCUUACAACUUGCUUAAAAACGAAGAUUCAAUCAAGAAAGAAAUUAUGAUGCAUGGACCAGUGGAAGCAGCUUUCACAGUACACUCAGAUUUCCUAAACUAUAAAUCGGGAAUCUACAAACAUAUAGAAGGAAUAGAUAUCGGUUCACAUGUUGUCAGAAUCAUAGGAUGGGGUGUAGAGAAGGAAACGCCCUAUUGGUUGAUUGCUAAUUCAUGGAAUGAAGAUUGGGGCGAGAAAGGAUACUUUAGAAUGUUACGUGGAAAAGAUGAAUGUGGAAUUGAGUCAGCGGUUACAAGUGGACUACCUCGUGAUUGA